AAAAAUUCAGUGUGUCCUUUCAUUUUGAUAGAUGAUAUCACAGAAAUUGAGCAGGACAUCAUUUAUCACUCAGAAUAUUUUGGCAUAAAAUUUCAAAAUCCUUUAUCAAAUGGCACCUAUGGACAUUUGGUACAUAUGGCCACAAAGGCAAAAAGAACUGAUAUGUCAUCAUCUCGCUAUCAUAACAGGAGUUGUCUGGAUUUAUCCUCUAACAAAAAUCAGUCUCCGGCAAAUGUUAUCUGGACAAAGUGCAAAGAAAGUAACAUUUUAUACUCUACAUGAAGGACUGUUUAUAAUGUAUAGAGGAGUUUUACCCCAAAUCAUUCAAAGAUGUUCAUCAAUUACUGCAACUUACAUAGUACAUCAAAAUAUUAAUAUGACAUUUCAGCAGUAUCCGAAAUUCAGAGCAAAAUUAUAUGCAGGGUCAUUCUUAGGAACACUGGAUUCUCUUUUAAUGCCUUUUGAAAGGGUGCAAGUGAUUUUAGCAGAUAAACAUUACAACCAAACAUAUAAGAAUACAUGGCACUGUUUUCAUUCACUACUGAUUCAUCAUGGUUUCAAAGAACUAUACAGAGGCUUUGAAGUUGUAUAUUUGAGAAAUAUAUUCGGCAGUAUUAUAUUUUUAUCUCUAUUAUUGAAAAAAGAGGAGAUAUUGAACCAAGAUAAAAGAAAGUAUGGACCUGCUGUCAUAAUGUCAGCAUCCAGAGUUGUCUUAGAUUCUCUACAAGGUACUGUGGUCUCAACCAUUAUGCAUCCCCUUAAUGUACUUAGAGUAUAUCUCCAUAGCCAAGUUGGAGAAAGACACACCCACUUCCAUAUUGCUUUAAAGCAACUCUAUAAAGAAAAAGGCAUGUACUUCUUUUUUAAUGGCUUAUACAUUAAUAUGGUCAGAUCAUGGAUGUCUUGGGUUGUUAUAGCAUUCUCAAAUGAAAUGUACAAACAGAUUUAUAUGCAUUACAUAAAACCCAAAAUAAAAAAAUGAUUAUGAAACUAUGCUCAUGUUAAAAAUAAGCAUAUAUUUUUUUUGCAUUAUCUGUGUGUGUGAGUCCAUUCAUACGGUCGACAAUUUGAUGCAAUGGCUCUACAAUAACCACAUAAUUUAUCACCACCAAUUGACUUGGAUUUAUCCAAGUCUUCUGAGCUGUUAUCCUGAUUAAUAAUGUAGUAGAAUUUACCAUAAAAUGAGAGUGCACUUUUUCUGUCUCAACUAGGUACUGGUAUGGCAACAUAUAAUGCCACUAAUAUUGUGAAUCAAUUACCGAGUUCAAUUGAGUUUGGAAAGUGAUUUAUCCCACAAUAGACAAUUACAAACUGAAAUGAGUGAAAGAAAAUGGAAAAAAAAAGAUUGCAGAUAAAUAGUGUUCACAACUCGUGCGUAAUGUUUCUUUCCCGCACGCAACUGCCGUUGACUGAACGAUGUGAAGAGCACUAGUUGGGAAAAUAAAUCUUUUCAUGCCAAAUUUUACCAGCGGAAAUGUUGACCAAAAGUGCUAUUUCGAUGUGAAUACAAAGGAAAAAUAUAAUAUUCUGAAAUCAAUAUCCAUUUCAUAUCAUACUUUUCAAUCAAGAACAACA